GACACCUGCCAUUUUGAUUACAAUCAUGAAUUAAGCAGCUCCAUCCUCGCUAUACAUGUCUCAGCUGCGACGGAUGUGGAACAUCCGACCUGCUGUCCCUUGCACUUCGGCCGGCCCCCAAAAAAAGAAGAAAUUGUGGCUCGGGCGCGUUCAUUGACGACUGUAUAAUUGUGUCUCUCAAAACCCAGAGGCUCACUUCGGCAUUCUCACCACGCCAAUCUGCCAUCAAACCAGCAGCACAGCCAUUGCGGUGUACCUCGUGCUUCUCAAACUUCGGUGCAAACACGCCAGAAUCAUGAAUAACCAAGUAGCAAGCUCGAGCGUCACCCGCACAUAGACGCAUUCAGGACUUGCUUGCUGAUACAAACCCAAGCCGGUUUGCAGCCCUACCUGCACACACCGCUUCCUAACAACUCGGCUGCCAAACGGAUCUUGGCCAUCAUGGCGUCACCCUCCGCACAAGUCUUUGCGCGCGAGGCGACCACAGCGACAAGCGCGAUGGACGGCGCCGUGCCAGAGGAGGAGCACAUUACGACCAACAGACGAUCGCUUUUCAUCUUGUCGCUGCUGCUUUGCAUCCUCAUUGGCGUGUUCUUUCGUUCCAUCUUGCCACGUCUUCCCAGGCUCGUGCUGAGGGGCCGAUUACGCGUCAAGAGGCUGGGCCUUCGAGGUGUGCGUGGCAUCGAGUGGAGGUCGAACGGAUUCAAGAAUAGGCGGCAGAUCAAUGGACAAGCUGCGGAAGCAGCGUCGGAAGGAUUGGUGGUGCGUGUGCAGCACAUAUACGUCGUCUUUCAUGGCUGGUCUGGAACAUCCUCGGCAGAUGCGAGCACCAACGACUCGGGAGCGCACUCACACGAGGAUGCGUCGAACAGGCCUCGCGCUUCCAGCUCUGCGGCGCAGCACACAGGUGACGCGACGCUAAGCCCGAGCGAGCGGCAAGCUUCUCCUAGUCGACGGUCAACAUCUGCAUGGAUCACUAUACGAGUGCAAGGCGUCGGUGUGAGGAUGCCAGAGUCGGAGCGAGACGAGCACUCAGCGAGGAGGAAGGAGGAGCAAGCACGUGCGAAGGCCGCGGCGCGGGAAGCUGAAACAGCCAAAAGAGAACAGGAAGCGGCUCAAAGGCUAGAUUGGCUAGUCAGAAGCACCUUUCAGAGCUCGGAAGAUGAGGGCGAGGUCAAAGGAGAGGAAGACGAGGCCACUUUGCACGUGGCACAGCGACAGCCGACCGCCUUCCAGCUGCUCAUGUCCUGGUUGCAGACGUGUCUGCUUCCCUUUCUACGAAGAAGAUUGCUCGAUAUCCUCCGUGCGCUUGUCUACAUCCUCUUCUCAGCGCUGCCAGCAAUUACGUCCUUCGUGGACAUCGACAUUCAGAGAGUGGAGGUGUAUGCCCAAGAUGCUGAAGCUGUGCUACGGGUGGGACGCAUCGGCGCGAAGCUCAACAUGUCACUCGUCAACACAGAGUUGAGCUCGGAAGCGGAAGACACGCGGAGAGGACGCGGCUCGGACAGCCGGAGGAGCAGCUCAGCAGGUUUCCCAGAGCAAGUGUUCGCAGUGCUGAACUCUGUGCCACAACGGAUCGGAAGCAGAGCCAAAGGUGCGGCUUCCUACAUCACCGCAGGGAUCCCGGCUGGUCGAGGUAGCUUGCAGCUCAGCCUCGAGGCUGUGCAGAUGUUUGAGGCUAGACAUUCGCCAGCCUCUGAGCCUACAGCUACUCGAACCAUGCACUCGGCCAACGCAGACGCUCCAACAUCUUCAAUCUUUGCCGAUUACCAACGUUCCCUCGGCCGUAGCGAUUCUCGGACUACGCCUCUUACAUCUCCAUCCCUUAGUCGGACACCGCUGUCGAGGAGCAAUUCCAGUAUCGUCGGGUCACAGUCGGAAAGCCCGCGCGAGAAGCGCAACAAGCAGCGCAUGUCAUCCAUUGAGAAUGCACCAAGCGUAGAGUGGCUAUCGUUCAGCGCCACCUCUCCUUCGAUGGCGCCACCUUUGCUGCGCUCCAAGAGCGCCUCCAAAAUCGCGACCAUGGCGAGCACUUCUUUGAGUGGCUGGACGGAUCGCUGGGCUGACUGGGCUUUGGAACCUUUUCCCAGCUCUGAUUUUUCGUCCGACACUGGUUGGGCAAGAGAUGGUGCGCUAGGCCAGGCUAUUCCUGAGUCCGCUCGACUUAUCGCCCUACCCGGGGUCACUGCCGUAGAGUUGGGCCUCACACUAGCGCCGAACCUCGACCUUACAUCGCCAGACUCGGUGCAUGUGAAGCUCGAUGUCGCGGAGAUGACCAUUGGCAUCGAUGCCUUGAGUCGGGUGCUUGGGAUCCUGGAAAGCAGAAAAGCGGUACGGCGAGGUCCAAGUCCAACGUCAGAAGGAGCGCACGGGACGCGCUCGCAGACCUCCAAGCACAUCGCUCAGCAGCGAGCUGCGCCCAUGAUGCAUUUCAUUCGCGCGCUCGGCUCCGCUUCUAUAGCUGUGCCUCGCAUUCGCAUGCUCGCAAACCUCCACCCAACAAGUUCGGACGUGCUCAAAGGUCAACAGAGGUCUGCGGCAGGCAACGCGCCGCCUUCAUUGCAGCUCUGCGCCACAAUGUGCGGACUCUCCUUCCGCAUUCGAACCAGUCAAACGCGAGAUCCUCGACAUAGGCACUGGCUGGGUUCGUGCGGAGUGCUUGGAAAGGCGCCCGCCCCAAUCUCCUGGAACCCCUCGGCGGGCGUUGGGGCGAUCAGAAAAGGUUUGGGGGACCGUUUCAGGUGGGCUGCGAAUCGUGCGCGCGUGCGUUAUGUUGAGCACCGUCGCGCUUUCAGUGUGGAAGCAUCGAUGACCAGCUUUGAGGCGCUUGUUGGAAUCGAUGGCCAGCCAGCGGUCAAUGCUUCGCAGGUCCUGUACCUGCAAGACGCUAUCGUCGCAGCUCAAUCGAGCUGGACUCCCUUUGGUCUCGUGCCGAAGAGCCCAGACAAUGACGAUGCAGGUGCAGGGUCAUAUCGCUACUUCCAGGGGGACUUGAACGAACAAACCUGCGUCGUAGAAGCUUCUUUGGGUCGCGUAAACGGCGGGCUUAGCUUGACGCACGCAACUGCGUUGACGUCGACGGCUGUGCUUCGCACCCUGGAGCGAAAGCAAGCACGCAAGAAGCACGGUCUCAACGCAAAGCGACCUGACGCUCCGAAGGGGGUGCACAUCCGACCCCCUCGGCUGAUUGUGGGAGUAGAGGUCAACGACGUCUCUUUCCAUCUGGAUGCCCCGUACUCGGAGGUCGCCUCCAAGGAAAGACACGCCAUCGACUCUGGUCUGAUUUGCUCGACUCCAAGAUUGCUUUUCACCCUACAAGCCAGCUAUGUAGAUCAACAAGUCCCACGGACAGAGCCCGAACGUCGAGCGGCGUGGAAAGCUCACUUCAAGCGGCAGCGUGGGGCUGAUGGCGUGCCGACAUUUGUAGAGGAGGCUAGUUCGGCUGCUCGAGAGAGGCGAUCCUCGUCGGCUUCCAUGAAGCCAGACUCCGCCACGUUCGUCCAGGCAUCAGAGGAUGAUGCAAAGGAAGGUAAAGGCAUGACGAUGGAGGAAGCCCUUGCUCAAAUGCGGCGCAUACAGGCAGCAGAGCAAGAUGGAACAGAUCUGUAUGCAGCACAACAGGAGCCCGCCCGGGCGAGACGCCGAUCCUCUUCUUCUGCGAGAAGGAGUCGAGCUAGCUCAAACCUGUCGCAUCCGAACGUACGUUACGUCUUCGACGCAAGCUUUGCAUUGGAGCCUGUAGAGGCCUUUCUGGUAGUGGGCGGCGAAGGCUGGAGCUCACGACGACGUCAUGGCACCCCUUUUGCUGGGCGACACCUGCCCAAUUUCGGGAUCACGCGUCAUCAUCUGGUGAUGUUGAGUGCCACAGACGUCAAUGCAAGCGGCGGCAUCAACGGCUUUGAGCAUCCCUCCGGUGAAGUCGACCUCUCGUCAAGCGGUCUCGCUAUGGAGCUGCGAUGCGCGCUAGAGGAACUCGACGUCGACCUGUGGCAGCCUACCGUCUUGUCUACGAUUCGUAGGCUUUCGCAAGCUUUUUCCGACGCUGUGCCGAACGUGCCUGAUCAGGCUAGGCAUCAUGCAAGUGAUGGUGAGACAGCUCAGACAGCUCCAGCAGGGACCGGCCGAGUUGCUCUCGUCGAGCGGGUGCCAGCGAGCUGUGGGAUUUACGUAUCCAUUGGCACGAUCAUCGCGCAUAUGGGUGGAAGCGAUCCUAACUGUGAUCCCCACAUGUCGCGGGGAGUAGGCUUCGAGGCGAAGCGUGUUGUGUUUGAAGCGCUGGGAGGUCGCCACGAUCCAGUCCGUGCCGAGCUGGGAGGUGGCGAUUGGGGCGCCAGAUCUGCGCUGCAGUUGCCCGAAGAUCUCACCAUGAGCGUCAAUGCGCUCGCCGCACGUCACGGUCGCGCAGCAGCUUUCAAGCUCAGCUUGUUCGAGAUAGGCCUCUUUCCCUUGCUUGAUGCGGCUGCUGCAUUAGCACAGCAUAUGGACCCUGAGCAGCAACAUCGCCCAAGAAGAAGAGGGUUUCGAGAAGCAUCGACAGAGACCAAGCCGCAGGGUCAAGGAGGCUCGAUGGUCAAUUCGCCCUCCAUCUUCGCCCCGGCCGUGUGGGAUUUUCAAAAGCGCAAACCUCAAUUGACCCAUGCAGAGCGAAGCAAGCCAAAGUUUCGCCAGCAAGACCGGUCAAACUUCAUCUUUUGGAUGCCGUUCUCGGCCACGAAGAUCUUCUUGAGACCACCGGGAGCAGUGUCGACAAAGAUUGGCAAGCAUGUUGAUGAGCUCACGAUCUGCUCUGAAGGCACGCGACUCUUGGCGUUCAAGAUCGAGCUACUUCACACGUACUGUCUGCUUGUGGCACUACAUUCGCUUAGACAGUUGAUACCAGAGAAGCCUAAGAAGUCCCACGAAAUGCGAGAGCAGAAGCAAUCAAGCAGACCAGGGCAAGAGCUAGAAGGCGAUUCGAACACGUUGCCGUCAGUGCAUGUCACUUUUGACAUUACGGACAUCCACGUCUCGGUCGCACUGCCGAGCGAUGUCAAUCUGUUCUUGAGCUUGCGUCGACUGGACUUCCGCUACACGAAUGCAGACGGUGCUUCUCUGGCAUGGGAGUCGUUGAUGGGCGCCGUCGAGAGCCCGAAACAGCCAAGGACUGGUCUGUGGGAAGAAGCUGUCCGACUUCGUGACUGGAAAGUUGCAUUCCGCAAGCAUCAACCGGAUGCGCCCCGGAAGGAAGACAGCGAUGGGCAUGGACAGAGCGCGCACGAGAUUGUCUUGAACGGUGACGCUGCUUCGCUGCGGAUUCCGUUUGACUAUGCAGUCCAUCCUAUCAUCGAUAACACAACAGUAUCUGUCAAAGCAACGAAACAGCUUAUCGCACAGUUUCUUCAGGACAAGAAGGAGUCCGUCAUCUUUCCAGUGGCAGAGGGGCCAAAACGCUUGCCGUACAUUUCUGUCAACAUUCGCAUUUUAACCAUAGAGGCCCAGGACGAUCCUAUUGAGACGCGCCUCAACAUGAUCUGGCGUGCCGGUGGGGACGAGAAUCAAGCCAGGAUGGAACGUGAUGUUGCCUUUUCCGAGAGGGUCGCAGGUUUGCAGAAAGCAAACGCGGCCAACAAAGGCGACGCAGCUUCCACUCUCUCCUUCAAUGCUGAUAGUAUGACCAGCACCGACGAUUCGAGUCUCACAGACGUGAUUUCAACAGAAGAUUCGGACCCUCCGGCAAGCUUCGCAGAUCAGAGACGAGCUGCUUCGUCAAAGCAGCGCCUGGAGAUUGAAGAAGCACGCGCACGACUAGACGCUUUCAAUGCCUCUAGCUGGAUUCGUCGAUGCACAAAUGCGAAAGCGGAGCAAGCACGUCGCGAAGAAGUUGUCUCGAGGCGGAUCUACGGCAGAUAUCCUCCAAAGCGUCAGAACCUUGAGUUGCCCAUCAAGAUGGCGCCUGUUGCUAAAUGUGCACCGCUCUUUCGGUCAAGCAUGAGCCGAAUUUCACUGCAAGUCAGCCCGCCCACGUUCCCAGAGAGUCAAUUGAAGCGCUUCAUCCAUGAUCAAGGGAAAGGCGUCCCCGAGGACCUGGAGUAUUCGCUGCUUUUGCCUAUGCACCUUAUAUGGCGCAUGGCAGAGUGGAGAUUUGAGCUGAGAGACUAUCCCAUUCCGCUCUUACACGUGCCACCUGUCCACCAUGACCAGCCUGCUCACCUGCGAGGGCGAGCCUGGGACUUUGAAUCCGACAUCGUACUCGCAGAGCACCUGGGAGGCGAAGAGUCGAUUCGACACGUCCCUGCUGUGGUUGUGCCUGCAGCCACAGGCCAUGCGGAGGCAAAGGAAUACGGAAUCUCGGUACCAAAGAUGGCGAUGCCUGUCAAAUUCUACGGAUCGCCAACCGUGAACAUAAAUACCUCCUAUCCUACAAGAGCUGGAUGGGGCCAAUCUAUGCAGCCGGCUAUCCACGACGUCACGCGAGUGUUCGAUAGUGUCACAAGUCCGCCUCACGACCCUUCGCCUCGUAUCGGAUUCUGGGACAAGCUGCCCUUGAUCGUGCAUGGCCGCUUUAGGAUCAACUUCAUAAAGGAUGGCGAAUUGCACUUUUACUUGAAAGGUAGUCGAGACCCGUACAGCAUUCUCGGUCACGGCUCGGGCUGGGUGAUGUGCUGGAGAGGCAAUGUAGAUUGGCGACUGGGAGCCGACAAUCCGCAAGGCGAAUUCUUUCAGAUUCGCAGUGAGGAGUUCUUGCUCGCUAUUCCGGACUUGCGAAGCUAUAUCGAUCAGGCCGCAACUGGUGCAGGUUCCGACGCCAAUGCGGGAGAAGACGAGACGUUCCACAAAUCCGGCGAAGCAACCCUGUCGUCUCAGCAUCGCUACAAGGACGCUAUUGACUUCCGCAAGAUCGUGCUCAAACUUACUGAUGGCGUUCGGUGGGGCUUGGGAAUCGUAUGCGAGCGCACCUGCAGGCCGGACACUUGUCCCCGUCGUCCUAAGUGCACUGGGUCCUCUUUCUACCGAGAAUGUCGAUUCUUUGACGCCAAACCACAUUGGGAAGUUCACACGCGCUCGAGGGAAUACAUGGAGACGCUACCGGAGAAUCAAAGGACGGAUUCAUACGCGGCUUAUCGCACAGAUCACGUCCACUUCUCAAUGUCCAUCAUCUCCCCAGCACCUCCACUUCAAGGCGACAAUCGUGGUCAUCCCGACCUGCAGCGCAGUCGCAGUAUGGGUAGGGCAGGUCAAGAUUCAAAUAAUUUCUAUUUCACACCACUGGCGUGGGAGCAUUUCUGGGCGUGGAUGCGCCUCUUCAAUGGUGCGCUUGGGCUACCGAUUCGACAAGGCUCUUUGUUUCCCGAAGCCCAAGCACAAUCUCCGAAGUUUGGCCGACACUUAGCAACUCUCAAGUACCGUUUCGACUUGUCACCACUUUUCAUCACCCACUUGUAUCCGCAAAAUAUCCGCAAAGAUUGGGCAAAGGGUAAGACUACACUGUACGGCAUCAAAUCGCGCAUUGCAACUUUCCACCUCGAUAUGCAUCAACGUCAGCAGGAAAUGCUGAAAGAGCGACCAAGACUCGGGGAGCGAAAGAAAGUGUUUCACAAGCCUUUCUACGAAGCAGAGGUAGACCUCGAUCGCAUCGAUCUCCGGACCUUGUGCGGCCAAUUCACGGAGCCUGAUAAAAGAUUGUAUGCCUCGGAAGGGGACGAAUAUGAUUCAGAGGCCGAAGGGCCUGACGGUAUGUUUGCGGAUUAUUCGUUCCCGGAUGAAGAUCUUGAGUGGUGGGACUUGCGCGACUUCGUUGAGGUAGACUGGUCUCCUCCGGAGGAGACGGAGCCUCGCAUCAAGCUCAGUCAAGCACUGGCUUGCCCUCACUUCAACUACUAUCGCCGAUUGGAAUCCAAACGCGAACGUAGGCAUCGCACAGGCAGCAAGUUUAAGGACCCGACGCGGUCUAGCACUGGCACAAGUGCCGGGGAUGCCACGCACAAUGAAGACCAGGAGCAGGAGGAAGAGGACAUAUCCAGAUUGGAAUACACCAAGUUCGGGCGCGAGUCGAGCCACUGCUGUCUCGUUGGUCGGGCUUUGCAUCCUGACGAAGUACAACGAGACUUGUGCCACCAACGGCUGCAACACCUUCAGAAAGAGUUGGAUAUUGCGCAGAAGCUUGCAGCUCUCGAGACGGACGAGAGGAAGACUCUGGCUGAGGAUCCAGAUCUCAAAGUGAAGGAUCUUCGCAAGAAAGUAGAUCUCAUCUCGAACUACGUGAACGCUUUCAGUCCGCAGGGUAGACCGAGGGAUCGCUCUCCUCUGACGCCAUUUGGCUACAUGCAAGAAUCUACGGCGGACAGCUCAGGAGCACUGCCACAUCUUUACUCUGAUUGGGAAUCAUUCAACAACCGCUUCCUCGUCCACAAUCCCACCAUCUACUUCAGCAAUGAGACCCGAGACGUCCUCCUCAAGUAUUACUUGAGUUCACGCGCGCGUCGCGCCAUCGUGCAUCACUUGACGGCACGAGCAGUGCGGUACAUUCGCGGUUUGUCGCGAAACGCGGACGAUCACCAUGAGCCAGAUGAAGGGGACGAUGAAGGCUCAGAAUCAGACGAAAAGGAGCAUGAAGAUGGCGACGAGCAGGAUCGCAAUCAGCAACACGGACCUUCGACCCAUGCGCACCGCGCAGCUCAUCAGCGAUCCAACCGAGCACGGGCAGAGACUGUCAAGCCACGGCCAGGCUCGAAGCGACAAUCUACUGCAUCACGUCUCAAGAAUGGCACAAAAGCUACUCAACGAGGUAGGGGCCUCCUGCGUGACCUGCUCAGUGAGACCACUCAGCACGUCAUUGUCGACAGCCCUACCAACGAGGACGGGCCAAGCGCGCCCUCGCUGCUUGACGACGAUGUCAAUCCAGGAGAAGGUAUCUCGGACUUCUUCGAAGUUCGCCGAAGCAACGUCUGCGUCUUGAUCAAGCCGCAGAUCGUCCUCAAAUCUGAAGUCGACGACAAGUCUUCGCUCAUCUUGACUGCCGUGCGCUUGCGUUUGCAGAAUUUCUCUGUCAUAGACCCUACGUGCGAGGAGGAUUCGGUCAAUGAGCGAGCGCUCUAUCGCAAUUUCGCCUCUCUGGAUGGGCUCCAAGCAUUUCAUCCCUCUAAGAUGUGUGCCUCCCCAACGAGCGAGAACUUUGCAUCCCAAUCUGCAACUGUGCCUCUCGAAACACUGCUGGAUCUCAAGUACGAGACCAGCGACUUUGCGCGGGUUGCUCCGAGCACAGAUGCAAGUGUGCAGUACGACAAAUUCAACAAGCUUCGCCUGAACGACUCCGCUCAUCCCGUGGCAUCUGAUCCAGACUCGCCUGGUUCCGCAACGGACCACUUGAUCCACCACAUGGACUUGAUGCGCGUUAAGUGCCCGCGUUUCGCUGUACUGGCGAAUUCGGCACAGUUCGGUGCCCUCUACAACGUUGUGACAGAUCUCUUAUUGCAUCGCGACCCUGCAUACCGAGAGCACUCCAAACGGCUCGAGGCCAUGCUGUUCAGCCAUGACUUCUCCAACGUGUCGGGUCUCGCGGAGUUGGUUUCUGCACUUCAGGUUCGGGUCAGGCACGCAAUGGAACUGCACGCCCAAUAUCUCAUGCACUUCGAGCAUCUCAACGAACAAGGUCGGCUGGAUUUCUUGACUCUGAAAACGGAAACGCAGGACCUGAUAGAUGAAUUGACUCUCAUCAUGGAAGCUAUCGCGGCGAGUGAAGACCAAGGAGGCGGUUCCGACCAGGACAAGAAGUCAGCACUCAGGCUUGAAGCUAUGGCACAGGAUAUCACGUGGAGUAUGAUGGGAGAGCAAGAGGGGCAGCUCUUGGCGAAACUCUCUGUCAAGGGAGCAAGCUUCACCUGGCUGAACAAAACCGACAAUUCUGCUGCCAAUACACUGUCCAUUGCGGAUAUGGCCGCUGUCAAUGUACACCCUGAUGCUUUCUUCCCAGAAAUCAUCGCCAAGUACAACAAAGCGCAGGACCAUCCGAUGGCACAACAAGGGCGCUUUCUGGAUGCAAUGUGGUCCGUUUUGGCACCAGUCGGCGGCAUUCAGAUCAUGGAGCAAUUCGAGUUCAACCUUCAUCCUUUGCGCAUUCAACUGGAGCUGAAGGUUGGUCGGAAGAUCAUGGACUACGUGUUUGGCUCCAAGCGUGAACGCGAGCGAAAAGAUCGAGAACAACGCGCUAUGGAGGAAGAGAGAAGAGAGUCAGCAGGUAUUUCAAAGCGCCGCGGUCGCCUUGCGCGUUUCACACGCAACCUGCUCCACAGCCAGGACGAGAUUGACAAAGAUGACAAUCGCUCAGAGGCCCCAAGAAGGGUUGGCACACCAGGCGCAAGCAGCGCGCGCGGAAGCACGGACCGGGGCACGCGCCCUUCGCAGUCUCAAUCUUCCCGCGAUCUCAUUUCCCGCCCAAGUACCCCUGCUGCUUCGAGUCGGCAUCAAUCUGGCCGAGACAGCGAUAGCGAUGAUGAAGAGAAUGGCCUCCAUCAGCAUGGCAUCGUUAUGCGCAAUGCUGCUGAAAUGCGCGGCCGCGCAGCUACAAAUCGGACAUUCGUGUACGUCAAGAUCCCCGAGACAGUCUUUAACCUCUCCUUCAAGGGCGACAAGGAGAAGUCGAUCACGGAUCUGUUCGAUCUCGUCUUUCACACCCCAAGUGUCGAGUAUCGCAAUCGCACCUGGGGCUUCGUCGACUUAGCAAACCAUUUCAAGCGCGACAUCAUCCGCGCUGCGUGGGGUCAGAAGACCAGCAUCCUGCGAGGAGUACUCAAUGCCCGACCACGCAAACCUUCCAUUCGAGCACAUCUUCCCGCACGGCUAAUCGGCGCCUCCAGCUCGCUUCACUUGAGCGUCGAGCCGCCCGCUCCGGAUGUCGAGACGCGAGCCCAUUCUAAAGGCAGAGAUGAUGGUAAUGACGACGACGCAAGCUCCAUUGUCUUGACUCAAGGUACCCAGGAUGACAAUCACGACGCUCACCACUCGCCCGCCAGGACUGUUGCGAACGCGGACAGCCCCGGUCGCCUGGCGAGGCUGAUCCCCAAAAGACUGCAACAGCGCCGCUCACCAUCCUCCAAAAGGGUCUCCAAUCGAGAGCAGCUUUCUGAAGAUAACGGGGGCGCACCAAUGCAACGCAGCGUCAGCCAAGGGUCGCAGUCAGCUCGUUCCCACAUGGAAGAGUACGAGGAGGAGCUGCUCGACACUUUCGAUCGAGAACCAGUUCGUCGUCGCACAAAGUCAGCCCUAGCUCCUCUAGACACCACUGCGUCAGCGCUGGAACCACAAACGAACGGGCGAACUCGUGAUUCGAUGGAUUCGUUCGACAGUCUUCCGGCGUUUACACAGCCAUCUGGCCCUUAUCGCGGCAGGUACGAUUCGUCUGCAUCGUCUCUCGCAAGUGCCUCAUCCUCCAUUUUCUCGGGCAUGCAGGGCCAGAGUCAACGACUUACUACGGACGAAGUUGCAAACAGCCAACUACGCAGAUCCAAUACGAACAAGUCUAGCAAGUCAAGUCGCGCGGCCUCUAGCCCGAGCCAAGGCGCACACCGUCGGAACCGCAGCGCGGACUUGCCGGCCCUGAUGGUGCGCGAUUUGUCUGAGGCUGAUAAAGCGCGCGCUUUACUUGGAGAGCAUACUCGAGGGUGAUCGCCAGGCACCUGUACCAGCCACGGUUCGCGUCACCGAUUUUCAGAACGAUUCGCACAACCCUUCUCACGGCCCGGGCUGUCAUUCACAGUUGCUACAACAUCGCACAUUGCUCCCGGCGGUCGACAGAGUGUAUUUAUUGUCACAAUCAUCGAUGUUGAAAGCGCGAUUCGCACUCGUAUU